AUGCGCUCACUACCCGGAGGUUAUCACAAGGCUGCGCUUUAUGGAGUAAAGAUGAGAACGUUUUGGGGUCGGAAGGGUAAGCCAAUCACUCUACCCUGCACAUUGCCUGUGCCUGACGACACGAACUUCUCACUCGAAUGGAGGAAAGACAACAAGCUCAUUAUGAGCGCAUACGGAGCUGAACCUGGACAUGCAGCACCGUCGUUGCAAGGUCUUAACGAGUCUAUGGAACGACAAGUAGAGAGGAAUAUAUGUAUAGAAGUGCAAAUUGGAGCUUUGCCGUCGUACAGCGCAGAAUAG